GUCAGCGAUUACACGCCUGCCGUCACGCUGGCCGAGCGCAGCCUGGCCGCCGUCGCCGAUCACAUCAGAUCCGGCAAGGCCCACCGCAUUGUCGUUAUGACGGGCGCCGGCAUCUCCACGGCCGCGGGAAUCCCCGACUUCCGGUCGUCCGAGACGGGCCUGUACGCUCACCUCGCGGCGCUCAAUCUGCCCUACCCCGAGGCCGUGUUCGACCUCGACUUUUUCAGAACGAACCCCAAGCCGUUCUACGUGCUGGCUAAGGACUUGUAUCCGGGCACCUUCUGCCCCACCAUCUCGCACGUCUUUAUCGGCCUGCUCGCGUCCAAGGGGCUCCUGGCCCAGCUCUUCACGCAAAACAUUGACUGCCUUGAGCGCGCCGCCGGCAUCCCCGCUGACCUCAUCGUCGAGGCCCACGGCAGCUUCGCCAGCCAACGCUGCAUCGACUGCGGGGCGCCAUUCCCCGACGACAAGAUGCGCGAGCACGUGGCCCGCGCCGAGGUGCCGCGCUGCAUCCAUAGCCAGGCUAAGGGCUACGGCCGCUACAACCGCUUCGUUUGCAACCGGGCUAGCAGCCACGGCCGCUGCAUCGGCCUCUGCGUCGGCCUGGUCAAGCCCGACAUUGUCUUCUUCCACAAGGCCCUGCCCGAACUCUUUUACGAGCGCUGGAACCUGGCCGAGACGGCCGACUUCGCCCUAGUCCUCGGCACCAGCCUCUCGGUCAACCCCUUUGCCGCGCUGCCUGACUCAGUGCCCGAGCCCGUGCCGCGAGUGCUGUUCAACUCGGAGCGCGUGGGCUCUCUGGGCACUCGUGCCGACGACGUGUUGGUUCUGGGCGACUGCGACACGGGCGUGCGGAAGCUGGCCGACGCGCUGGGUUGGCGUGACAAACUGGAAACCGAGUGGCGUCAACUGGUGGGAGACCAGGAAGCCGGGCGGCAGUUGCAAGGUAUGACGAAACGUGUACGAGACGAGGUGGCCCAACUGGCUAGCCAAGUCGACCAGGUACUGCACUUGGAUGAC